CCUCCCUCGCAGGCCCGCUGCGACGGCGACCAGCGCGGCCGCCGAUCUGCGCCCGCAAGCACCACGAGGGGCCCGCGCGAGGCGGCCGCUCAUGCGCAUGCCGCUUCCCUCCGCUCCCUCAACCCACAUCGUGCCACCUGCGCCGCACCGCUCCAGCUAGCCCAGAGCGCCAGUCGCCGCCACCGCUGCGCGCGUGCACUGCACCCUCACCAUGCUCACCGCACCGGAGCGUCGCGCCAGCCACGGCACCUUCGCCGCUCCUCCGUCCCAACCACCAUCCCAGCUCUCGCAGCGCCACAUGCUCGCCGCACAGCAGCACCUCGGCGCCAUCUUUGGCGCGUCGGCGCAGCAGCAGCAGGCGCAGCACGCGCAGCAGCAGCAGCGCUUCGCCCCGCAGCCGCCGCAGCCGCAGCAGCCGCACCCAUCGCAGCAGCAGCAGCAGCAGCAGCAGCAGCACCACUUCGACAUGCCGCAGCAGCAGCACCCGCCGCCGCCGCACCCGCAGCUCGUGCAGCAGUUCCCCUACUGGGCCGGGCCCACGGCCGACGAGGCCUACCUGCGCCACAUGAUGCUCUAUGGCGCCGCACCGCCGCCGCCGCCGCCGCAGCAGCCGCUCUCCGACGGCGCCUCGCCGCCCGUCAGCGGCAGCGGCGACAGCCCGUACGCGCUGCACGACUUUGUCAUGGGCGGCGGCAGCGACACGCCCUUUGGCGCCGACGCGCCGUUCCUCUUCGGGCACGGCUUCGACAGCGCCUGGCCCAGCGGCGGCACGCUCGACCCCGCCGCGCUGAGCCACCUCAGCGUCGCCGGCAGCUCGGCGAUGGGGCAGCGCAGCACGCCCGGCCUCAGCCCCAGCAGCAUGCACAGCCACACGGGCGGCAGCGGCGCACACAGCAGCGGCGCAUCGCUCGGCGACUCGCCGCCGCACUCGGUGUACGCGCCGGUGGGCGACAUGGCGUACGACGUCGCCGGCAUCGACACGGCGCUCCUCGCGCCGUUCCAGUUCGACUUUGGCGGCUUUGCACCCAAGGACGAGCUCGCCGCCGCCGAGCCGGAGCGCAAGCGCAGCGCGCCCGAGAGCGUCGAGCGGCCCGCCAAGGCGCCGCGGCCGUCGGUGUCCGCCGCCAGCCGCAAGGCAUCGACGUCGGCGGCGUCUCGCAAGCGCUCGCGUGCCGACGAGACGGCAGCGGCAGCGGCAGCGGCGGCACCCGCGUUCGUCGUCGCUCCGUCCGUCAACGCGCCCGGCCUGCCGCACAUGGAGGUCGGCAGCAACGCCACGGCGCAGGCCGCCAUCCAGCGCAUCAAGCAGCGCCAGGCCGCCGCCGCCGCUGCCGCUGCUGCCGCCGCUGCUGCACCGGCUGUGAAGCAGACCACCACCACAGCCGCCGAGCCCGCCGCAGCUGCCACGGCCAGCUCGUCCACCGCACCUGCCGCGCGCCCGGCGUCGUCGGAGAAGGCGCAGCGCAAGGUGGCGCACAACGCCAUCGAGCGGCGCUACCGCAACAACAUCAACGACCGCAUCGCCGCACUGCGCGCCGCCGUGCCGGCGCUGCACAACCCCAAGCCGCUGCCCGGCGGCCGGCGCGGCAAGCGAGGCCGUGCGCAGGCCGAGCUCGUCGACGGCGUGCCGGCGGCGAGCAAGCUGAACAAGGCGACGAUCCUCGGCACGGCCACGGCGUACAUCCGCGUGCUCAAGCAGCGCGAGAUCCGCCUGACCAGCGAGGCCGAGGGCCUGCGCCAGCUCGUCAAGUCGCUCGAGGGCGGCGACGAGCUGCUGGAGCUGUGGCAGGCCGAGAUGCAGAAGGUCGCCGAGGCCGAGGCCGUCAAGUCCGAGGACGACGAGCUGCUCGACGACGAUGACGAUGAGGAUGACGACGAGGACGAGGACGACGAGGACGUCAGCACCGAGUCCGUGCGGCCCAUUGCCCGCAAGCGCGGCGGCAGCGGCCCGUCGCGCGUCCUCACCGGCGCCGUGCUCUCCGUCGCCUUCUUUGGCGAUUCGGCCGACGACGCUGCCUCGCAGCCUGCCGCCCGGGCGAUGGGUGCCGCCCACCAGCUGGUGCGCCGCAGCGGCUUCCUCGACGACGCCGAGCCGCACCACCUCGACGCCGCACCGACGAGCGCGCUGGCCCUCGACGUCGUGCGCAUCGUCGCGUUUGCAUCCAUCGCCGCACUGCUCCUCUGGCCGGUCUUUUCGCGCCUCUUCCGCCGUCGCAAGGCCGCCGUGCGCAGGCUUGCCUCGGCUGUGCGCUCGCAGGACGCAGCGGCGGCAGCGCCUGAGCUCACGGGCGCGGAGCAUGCCGAGCGGCUCGAGCGCCACCAGGCCCUGCUCGAGGUGCUCGCCCGCUCGCACCCCGAUGCACGCGAGGUCAACUCGGCGCUGCGUGCCUUUGUCGUCGCGCCGACGCACGUGCUCUGCUCGGGCUACGGUCUCAUCCUCGAGUCGGCCAAGGUGCUGCGCCUCGCCGUCGGCCUCAAGCCCGUCGGCCCGCCCGUGACGCCCGAGGAGGGCGCCGUGUGGGUGCGGCUGCUCGAGGUCGAGACGUCGCUCGGCCCGCUCGCACAGCCGAGCUUGCUGGCACGCCUCUACACGCUGAUGCGCGUCUCGGCGGCGCUGGAGCGCGGCACGCUUGCCCGAGCCCACGCCCACGCCACCUUGGCCCUGGCGCUGCUGCGUGCGCUGCCGGGCAACACCCUUGCCGAGCGCUGGGCUGCGGCAAGCUGGGAGCGUGCCCGCCGCGUGCGUCUCAUCGCCGCCGACGACGCCGCCUCGGCCGAGGAGCGCUGGCUCGACCCGGUGCUGCGCCUCACCGUGCAGGAGGCGCUCGCUCUGGCGCCUGCGCCGACGGACGUCAUUGCCACCUUUAAGCCGUCGGCCGCCUCUGCCGUGCGUGCCGCGGCGCUCUCGCCGCUGCUGUCCAUCGCCUCGCGCAUGCACUGCACCGAGGCGGGCGAGAUCUGGACGGCCAUCUUUGCCUCGGUCGUGCGCUCCUCGUGCCCUGCCGGCGCCGACGAGGCCGAUCUGGCGCGCGACUUUCUCAACCACACGUCCAGCUUCAACCUCGAGCUCGACGUUGCCGCCGACGAGGCGUCGCGCGAGGCCAUGACGCAGCGCAUCGCCGCCCUCGUCGCCGUGGCGCCGCCGAGCCUGGGCGCGCCGACGCUCGCUCGCACGACGCUCGGCGCCUGGUCGCUCAUGCUCGGCAACGUGACCCUGGCGCGCAACGUGGCGCAGGGCAUGCGUCAGUCGGGCGAGGCCGCCUCGUCGCCUGCCGCACAGGCCCUCGUCGCUCUGCUGCUGCCCGCCGCCUCGGGCGCCGAGCCCGCCGCCGCCUCUGCCGACGCGCUCGACAUUCUCGCCUGCACGACGCUGCGCUGGCUGCUCUUCCUGCGUUCCUUCUCCAGCCUGCGCGUCUCUCGCUCCCUCUCCGACCCGCAGCGCGACGGGCUCCUCGAGCGCGCCACGGCGCUGCGCGUGCAGCUCGCGACGCUUGCGGCGCCUGGCUCAUCGCUCGGCUCGCGCCGCCGCCGUGGCGCCUACUCGGCGCGGCGGCGUGCGUCGGCCGACUCGACGGCGUCGGAGGACAGCAGCCGCUGUGCCACGCCGCUGCUCAACGGCUCGUCUGCGCAGCGAGUCACGGGCGUCGAGGACGCGCGCGACGCCCUCACCGACGUGCUCACGGCGCUCGCCCGCCGCGCCGCGCACAAGAACGCGCGGCUGUGGGACGACGACGAGGCGCACGACUCGGGCAUCGAGUGGAUCUGAUUCGGCACUCUCUUUUGUACAAUGUAAUUGCCUGCGACUUGUUCGUACU